CCCCACCACAACCACCCACCAAUUCAACCCAUGGCCGGAACCAAACGCACCUGGGACGGUCAACCACUACGCGACGAGGCCACCAACACCACGAUCCCAACCCGCACCUCGACCCAAAACCAGCCCACCAUGGCAACCCCCACCACAGAAGCUCAAGAGCAACAACUAGCCAACCCCAUCAUCUCCAUGUUCGAGACCUUCCGCGACGAACUAGACGAGCACCAUGACCGUCGCGAGCGAUUGAUCAAAACCAGUCGGGAUAUUACAGCUCUGAGCAAGAAGAUUAUCUUCUCCCUCCAACGCCCAUCCCAACCCCAACCGCACACCACACCACCUAACCACAAAAACCCUCACAGAAUCCGAACCCUCAACGCCCCCCUCCCCGCAAACAUAACCAAAGAAACCACCACGCGCUUCACCCAAAUCAACACCCUCUUCACCUCCCUCCUCCCCGAUCUCCUCGCCCCCCCAAACACCUGGCGCUACCAACGCCAACUCAGCUCCGGCAUCCAAGAAUUCAUCGAAGCGCUGUCCUUCCACCACUACCUCACCACCCAGACCCUGAUCACCCUCCCGGAGGUACAAGCACACCUCCCGGCCCCAAUCCUCGUCACGGAGGAGGAUUAUCUUCUGGGCUUGUUUGAUUUGACGGGCGAGAUGAUGCGGUUUGCGGUUACGGCGUUGUCGGCGGGGAAUGCGGAUACGACUGGUACUAGUGCUGAAGAGGAGGGGGGGGCAGUGGGGUUGGGUGAGGAGCAGAGAGGGAUUGUGGUGGAUUUGAGGGUUAUGAGGAGUGGGUUUGAGGGGUUGAGUGUGCCGAGACGACAUGUUAUGUUUAAGGAUAUGGGGAAGAAGGUGGAUGUUAUGCAGGGGAGUGUGGAAAAGGUGGAACGCGCGGCGUAUGGCAUUUUGGUUAGGGGGAGGGAGAGGCCCAAGGGGUGGAGGCCGGAUUUGGUGGUUGCGGGGGGUGGGGGUGGGGAGGAGGGGUAUUGA